GGGGGUGAUUCCGGAAUGUUUCCUUUCUGUCAGGGCGCGGAGAUUUCCUUUCGGUCCCAAUAAGUGAACCGAAUGAUGCUCUUUAUUUUUUUCCCCCCCAUUGAAUUAAGUGAAACGGGAGCUCCGGGAAUGCUGUAAUAAAAGGAAUUGCGUUUGUUCGGGCGGCAGUUGAUAAUUUAAUGAUAUCCUUCGCUGUAUUGAAGGUGGAGAACGUGAAGUUGCUGGAUCGCUACGCCAACAGGAAGGCGGCGAGCGGGACCUUGUACCUGACAGCCACGCACCUCAUCUACGUGGAUGCCUCUGCUGAAGUCAGGAAGGAGACAUGGAUCCUGCACCACCACAUCUCCAGCGUGGAGAAGCUGCCCCUGACCACGGCUGGGUACCCCCUGCUCAUCCACUGCAAGAACUUCCACGUGGCUCACUUUGUGAUUGGGCAGGAGAGGGACUGCCACGACGUGUUCACCUCCCUGCUCAAGCUCUCCCAGCCAGUGAAACCUGAAGAACUUUAUGCUUUCUCUUACAAUCCUAAAAUGUCCAAAGAGAACCGGGAAAUGGGAUGGAAGCUGAUUGAUUUGAGACUGGAUUACCAGCGCAUGGGAAUUCCCAACGACUCCUGGGAAAUUACAGAUAUUAAUAAGGACUAUGAGGUUUGCAGCACGUACCCUCCUGAGAUCGUGGUGCCUCGAGCUGCCACCAAGGCCGUGGUGAUGGGAAGUUCAAGGUUCAGGAGCCGAGGGCGGAUUCCGGUGCUUUCUUACUUAUACAAGGAAAACAAUGCCGCCCUGUGCCGCUGCAGCCAGCCCCUGGCCGGGUUCAGCGCGCGCUGCCUGGAGGACGAGCAGAUGCUCCAGGCCAUCCGACAGGCCAACCCCGGCUGCCCCUUCAUGUAUGUUGUAGACACGAGGCCAAAGUUGAACGCCAUGGCCAACAGAGCUGCUGGGAAGGGCUAUGAGAAUGAGGAUAAUUAUGAAAACAUUCGUUUUAAAUUCAUUGGCAUAGAGAACAUCCAUGUGAUGAGGAGCAGCCUGCAGAAACUGCUGGAAGACAGGAUAUUGCUGCAAGCGCUUAAAAAUUUCGGAGAGAUAACGAGGAGGUGCAGGGGAGGCUGUUUUGAUUCUCUGUGUCUGCUCCCAGUGUGUGAGAUGAAGUCUCCCUCCAUGAGCGAUUUCCUGACGGGGCUGGAGAACUCGGGCUGGUUACGGCACAUCAAGGCUGUGAUGGAUGCCAGUGUUUUCCUGGCCAAGGCUGUGAAGGAGGAGAGGGCCAGCGUGCUGGUGCACUGCUCCGACGGCUGGGACCGCACGGCCCAGGUCUGCUCCCUGGCCAGCCUCCUCCUGGACCCCUUCUACAGGACCUUCAAGGGCUUCAUGGUCCUGAUAGAAAAGGAGUGGAUUGCAAUGGGCCACAAGUUCUCACACAGGUGUGGCCACCUGGAUGGGGACCCCAAAGAGGUGUCCCCUGUGUUCACACAGUUUGUGGAGUGCGUGUGGCAGCUGAUGCAGCAGUUCCCCUGCUCCUUCGAGUUCAGCGAGCGCUUCCUGCUGGAGAUCCAUGACCACGUUUAUUCCUGCCAGUUUGGCAACUUCCUGGGCACCUGCCACAAGGAGAGGGAGGAGCUCAGAAUAUUUGAGAAGACCCAUUCCCUGUGGCCUUUCCUCUUGCAGAGGAAGCAGGAGUUGAGAAAUCCUUUGUACAGAGGGUUUACAGCUUACAAAGAGCUUCAACCAAACACUCUACCUUUCAGUUUCCAGUUCUGGUGUGGGAUGUACAACCGCUUUGACAAGGGCAUGCACCCCAAGCAGAGUGUGCUGGAUCAGCUGCUGAGCUGCCUGAGCCAGAAGGUGACACUGGAGGACGACGCAUCCGACCUGGAAAACAAACUCCCGAUCCUGGACGGCCCCUUGCCCAGCGAAGGCUGCACCUCACCCAAGGCAGGAGCUGCUGCUGCCAAAGCCCCAACCCCUCGUCAGGACUGUGCAGAGGGAGCAGCCCCUGUGCUGAGCAAUGGCCCCUCCCUGGGGCACCAGAAGCACAAGGAGAGCGCAGCCCAGCCCCGGGGUCUUGGAGCCUCCAGGGAGGAUGGGCAGGCUCAGCACCAGGGAUGAGCUCUGGGAGCUGCUGGGAGAAGCUCUGGGGAGCUGGUGCAGCCCCCAUUUGCAGCUGAGUGUGAGUAGGGGCGUGCAGGGCUGGGGGAGCAGCUGCUGGGGAACACCUCCUGCAGCUCAGGUGAUGCAGAGCUCCAGGAGCCUGCCUGGCAUUCCUGGGAACUUGGCUUUCAGUGGGAACACGUGCAUUUCUGAGGGUUAGGACAGCCUGCCAGUGCUGCUGUUUGAGGCUGGAAGAAAUCCUGCCAAUUCCAUGAGGAGCUGGGCAGUAACUGCAGGAGGAAGGAUGCAGAUCUCUCUGUUCUCAGUGGUGGUCCAAGGCCAUCUUAAAACGAGAAAAAAAAAAUUUCAAUCCGUCUUCAAAUGAUAAAAAUCCCCCAACCUUUCUUAGCUGUGAAUGACUCUCUGCAUGGACCCUUGCCUUGUAGCAGAACUGAUUCAUGUUUUGUUUCCUAUGCAUAUUUGUUACACAAAACCAAACCCCCUGUGCCUUCUCUGAGACUGUGUCCGUGUCCAGCCAGGCCGUUGCUGGUUUUGUGUCGGAGUUUGCAGUGUGGUGUUGGCUCCUGUCUGUAGUCAGUGUUUGUGAGGAGGUUUCCUUCUGCUGCAGCUUCUCCGGGGUUUUUGCUGAUCCUCUGAGUUGAGCGGCUUCUUUCCAAGCUGACCUCUUGAAGAAUCCACUUUUAUGGACCUCCUUAAUUGGUGGGAGUGCAGCAAGCCCCAGAGCCAGCCUGUAACACGUGGAUUGGUGAGAAGAGGGAGGAUUGGGAAUGAGGAAAGACAGGAGAACAUUUAUGUGGAACUUUUCUCUCUUAUUUUAUGAUCUUGGUUAAAGCGAAGCAAGAGAGUAACUCUGUUCUGAGCUGUAAUCAUCGAUGAGGCAGCAAUUACAGGUGGGGUUUGUUCUGGUAUUGAAACGGGGCCUAAAAUGAUGGAAUCACUUGCUGAUUCUAGGGAAUGUUCAAAUUCGGGGAACUUCAGUGAUGUUUUGUCUGUCUCAUGAACAGUAUCUCUCAUGGCAAUGAAUUUGGGAAGAAACAGAAGAAACUAGGACUUCUCUCCCCAGGGAUUGGGUGUCACAAAUCAGAGUUUGAAGGUCACCCAAAGAAUCCUUGGGAAGAGGCAUCAGCAAAAGCAGGUUUGAUAUAAAGAAGUGUGACCAAAUUCAUUGGCAAAGUUCACUCUGUUACUUAUUAAAUGGUUAAAGCACACAGAGAAAAACUAAAAUAGCAAAUCAAGCAAACUAAAACUAAAAUCAACCAGCGUGGAGGCUGGGGAUGGAAAAGGGUCAGGAUGAAAGGGAAUGAGGGAGAUUUUCCUGUUGAGUCCUAAGGUUCAGAGUGGAGCAUCCUGCCAGACUGAGCCCUGGAAUUAUCAACAGUUCAGGCCUAAAGGUGUCCUGGGAUCAGAGAAUCAGUAGCAGCAUUUGAACUCAGCAGCAGAGAAUCAGCAGGAAAGGAAGUGAACAAGAGGUUUAUGUAGAAUUUCCUAUAAGCACAACAGGAGCUCCCUUAGAGGCUGAACUCACAAAUCCAAAUACUCCAGGAUGCAGGAGGGCAGCAUUCCCUGUGCUUUGGCUCUGGCACAGCCCCAAGGACCAGGUCCAGGUGUAUCCCUGGGAAAAAUUCCCUUUGAAUUCCCUGUUUGUAGAGAGUUGGUUUUAUCAGAGUCACUUUCCAGCCUGGCUGCAAUUUGGGUCAGCAUCUUCCUUUGAAAGGUCAACAACAAAAAUGUUCCACUUGGGUUGUUAUUCAGGCAGGAAAAAUCAGAUUCCAGGGCUGUUGGCUAAACCCAGGAGUUUGUACUCCUGCCCUGGGAGCAGCCAGUGUUCCUGGUAAGCUCAGGGCGCUGCUUAUCAAGGCCAGGGCCUGAGGACAGUUCUGAGAUCGUGGUGUGGCCUUGGGGGCUUGGAGGAUUCCCCCUCCCCAGGAAAGCUGUGCCACUGUCCUUGUCCUGUGCUGAAUUGCACAGAGUCCCCCGGUGCAGCUUUAUUCAGGAUGCUGCUCUGCUCUCUUUCCAAGCUGUUCUUUCAAUUAGGUGCUGCCAUUAAGUUUGCUAAUCACUUUUUCUCUUUUAUAAAAAGCCCGGGAGCCAACUGAAAAUACUUGGGCCUUUCCAAUCUCCAGUGAAAGUAGAAACAUUCCACUGUAACAACAGAAAGCGGAAUAACUGUGCUCAUGUGCUUUUAACCCAUGGUAAAAUCACUGGGUAGAGCCAAGUGUCCAAAAACUAACCAAAACCCCCCUGAGUGGCUCAUUCUGGGGAGGAAAAUAUCUAUUUUAUAAAGCAUGUGAAAGAUCUGAGGAAAAAGAGAGCACAGAAUUUCUCCACUGCCUGGAACGGCAAAGAGGAGGUUUUUACUCUUGAGGGUUUGUCAGACUUAAAUAAAGUUGUUGUCAAGGAAGGAGUGAGAGCUACAAGAGUGAUUGAUUAAAAAUUAAACCCUGGGAAUCCUCACCCAGGUGAGACUGAUGGAUCAGCCUUGUCUUUCCAGGGGGUAAUGGGCAACAUCCAUCCCCAAAUCUGAGAGAAACUGGGACAUGAAACCAAGACAGGCACUUUUUAGGACCAGUUAUUCUAUGGAUCAUCAGUUCUUUGAAUAUCUUUAAUAAAUUCUCCAAUUUUCAUUAGAGAUCUGAAACUAGACAGGAUCUUGAUUGACUACUGAAGGAUUUAAAGAUGGCUAAUUAUUGGUUAAUUACUGUACAAAUCCAGCUUGCAGAAGGCUCCUGAGAAUGUUUGUACGUUGCUUUGUGUUUGGAAUUGCUAUUGGAGGAGUUUCAUGAUCUUUCCUUGUUUCUAAAUGUCUCCCCAAAACUCCAAUGUUACCACAAGUGUCUGCAACCACCAGCAGGUUGCUCAGUGUUGUAAGCUUGGAGUAAUACUGCUGCUUUUAACUCCAGUGGCAAAACAGAGCCAAACCCAAAAAUUAAUGUCUCUUAAACCCCUUGAGUUUUGUGUGUACAGGCUGCAGUGUAUUAAAAGUGUUUUAUGCUGAUGCUGGAAUUUAGGAGCUGGAAAAGAUUCCAGGGAUUCCUCUCUUUCCACGAGCUCAUGGUUUGACAGCCAAUGAAGGCGGAGUUUUUUGGUUUUGGUGGCAACUCUGGGCUGUUGGAGGAGCAGAAAUGAGGAGCUGUUCAGAGCCCUGCAGUGCCCUGAGCUCAGGUGGGAUCUGCUGAACCCCAGGAGAGCUGUUCCCUGCUCCUGGAGAGCCCUGCCCGCAUUCUCUGCUCGCUGGAAGUGUGGAAGGAAUGGAGAAGCUGUUCCUACAACUGGGAAUCUGCUGCUGCUGGGGAAAGUUUCUGCAACUGAUUUAUUCCUAGGGGAGCACCCAUGCUCUGUGAGGUCAGCAAUCCUGCCUUUAUUCCAGCAGUGCAGUUGUCUCCAUGUGGAUUCCUGUGACUGGGAGAGCUGGGAGGGAAGAGGAGGCUGAUUUGCUGCAGAUGAUCUCUGUGUAAAACUCUCUCUUUUCUGGAGCCGCUCCUGCUUCACCAGGACAUUCCGUGGCUUCACCAGGACAUUCCAUGGCUUCACCAGGACAUUCCAUGGCUUCCUACCUGUUCCCAGCAUCUCCUGUGCUAGAACCAGGUGUAACCUUGUAGUGGGCCAGUGCCUGUCCCACUCUGAAGCACAAGAGGGAUUCGUGGAGCUUCAUUUGAAAUGUCUUUAAUGUGAACUUUGUUCAUAAACUGGGGUUUUCUUUUGCAGUUGUCAGCUGUGGGAGAGAAAAUCCAACUGGUGCUCUUUGCAGGGAAGAAGUGGGAACAAUUGGUUUGUGCAUUGUUUUAGUUCUCCAUGGCCUCUGUAGGGGUGAGGAAAAGCAGUUUGUGAAAGCUUUUUCACUCUGGGUCUGUUCCUGUGCUUAGCGAUUGCCUUUCCAAGUUAACGCCUUGGAAUGAAAAUCCACCUGCUCUGAUGCAGAGCCAUCCUGACUGGGCUGGAGGAGAUGGGCUUGGAGGGAGCUGGGAAGCUCCCCCAGUCCUGCAGAGUGGGAUUUGGAUCUCCAGUGGGAAUGCUGGUGUGGAGCAGAGCCGUGGCUGCUGUUCCCAUCACCUCUGGAAGCAGAGAGCUCUCAGAGGUGCUCCCAAAGCUGAGGCACCCCCAGGAAAAGCCUUGGAAAGGGAAGAGCUCCUGUUCCAGGCUCUUUCAGCUCCUGGCAGGCCUGGCCUUGGGCAGCCUCAGAGCCCAGAGGGAUUUCCUGGCACGAUGCAGUGCUGGAUAUCCAGGAGCACCCAGGAGAAUUCCAAAUGUUUUCCUCUCCUCCCCAACCCUCUGCUCCGUGCUGGGGUUGUUUUUAUAGGGACCUCUCCCAGCUACUCCUGGUUUCCAUCCCUCCCUCAUGCACAUCCAGGUGUUCCCUGGGGGAGGAACCUGCUCUGAAUGUCCUAUUUGUGUUUUAAUUAUCACCCAGCACUUAGUCAUUAGCUGAGGAAGCAGGGAAUGGUAAAAGCCUUGCCUGGGACCAGGCAGCCAGGUGGGCCAUUCGUUAGGGCAGGUUUGCUAAUGACAUUAAUGAAUGUGUCCCCCUGGGAGCUGCAGGGACAGGGUUAGGGGGUUGUUUUUCUAUCACCUCGAUAUUUCUCUGUUUAAUGUAGCAGGAACUACUGCAGCAGCUCAGCACCGGGUCCCAUCCUCCAGCUGGAUUUCCCUUGGCAUCCCCAACCUGAUCCUUGUAGGAAUGUCCCUAAACCCGUGUGUGGUGCUGGCUGGGAAUGUCCCUGUUGCUGUUUGUGUCUGUGUCACUGCUGAGGGGUUUUGGGGGGGAUGAGCCCCCGUUUGUGCCCCGAGGGCUCUGUGGGGCGCUUGAGUUCCUGCACUGCUUGAAGCUGAUCUUGUCUAGAGGAGAAUUGUGACUUUUCUCUCUGUUUGUCCCAUGGAGUCUCUCUUGGAUUGCAGGUAUUUUUAUUCCCUACAGAAAUAAACACUUUGCCUUUUUAAA